AUGUGUACACACCGCCACCUCCAACCGGCGGAUUUGAGUGCCAUAUCAUUCUAUGCUAAGCAUGGUGAAGCUAUAUGUUCCUACUUAUUAAGUAUGUCACAGCUAUCAGCAUCUUAUCAGAUUAAUCUGCGCUUUAGUGAUGAAUAUGACUCAGAAGUCGCACAACAAAGUGCAAUAUCAGUGCAAACGUUGAUAGAUAUGUAUGUUGAACUCGAAUCGAUGCAUCGCUUAAAAGGAAAUUAUGAGCAAGCACGACACUUCUCUCAAAAACGAGAGGAACUCCUGAAUAGAUAUACAGGCACAAAAACGAUAACGACAUCAGGUGAACCUUACCUUUCUAUGGGGCAUUCAUUUCUUGAGCUGAAGGAGUUCGACAAAGCAGUUUCCUAUUUUGAGAAGAGUCUUGAAAUCAAAAUCGCAAAUAAUGAAGAAUGUGGAAUCAAUUAA